UUACUAUAUAUUUUGUAAAACUGAAGUUUAAUAGUGAAUACCUAAGGGUAUUAUUACUGUAUAAUUGAUAUCUUAAUAUAUAUAGCGUGUUAGGACUAUUUAUGAGUUUAUGACGAGGAAUUGAUGAGGAUCCUAAGAGACACACUAUGAAGUAGUAUAAAAUAACCUAACCUCUUUGUUAAUAUACAAGUACUCUAUAAUUGUACUUCCACUUGCUUUUACACUUACGGCGUGUUGAACAGUAGUAUUUGAAGUGGAUUUUAGUGUCUGGACUAAAUCAAAACUCUAAUAGUGGUGAUAAAAAAGUAGUGUUUGAACUAAUGUUGAAAAAGUUAUAAAUAUUAGCUUUUGUGUUUGAGGGAGCUUUUGAAAAUCGAAUAUAACUUAUACUUGUUAUUUUUACUAAAGAUUAUCACAAAGUCAAACUUAACAACUAAUAUAUGACAACUAACAACUACUACCCAUCCACUUAGUGAAUGGUAUAUCCCCGCCCUGACCGACAGCUGUUGAAUCUCCUCAUCUAUCUAAACUUUCCCCAAUCUUCGGCCUGUGCUGUAUGAGGCCUAAACUCAUAAUCCUGGGCUACAUAGGUGAAAUCCACACCCUAUCUAACCAGAUCAGUCUGGAGGGUAAGGAGGGAGCAACUACCACAUAGAUACAUUGCUAUAGGCUAUAGCGACAAGUCUUGAACCCGAAACCUACUGUAUUACAUGUGACGCUCAAACCAUCUUGCCCUUACCCAGGAUGUUAUGAUUCAUCAUUUUAGAAGCUAAACUUAUCAUCUCCAUUUACAAUUGGCAAUUGAGAAAUAUAGUUAAAGAGAGAAAGUAAGAAGCUAAGAGAGAAGAAGAAGAAGUAGCAAGAGUCCCCACAACUGUCUGUCCCCGCUGCUGGACAAAUCUGCCACGCCAAUAAUGCUUAAGAGGGGACCUUUUUCCCAGACCCAGACAACUCUACCUUUCUCUCUUUCUCUCUUUCUCUCUCUCUCCUCACCAACUGUUUCAGACUCCCCCAAAUAUAUCUUCUUCUUCUUCCUCUCUUCUUCAUCUUACUACUUACUAGUAUUAUUUCUCUACUUCAUUAUUUCCAACCAUUCUUUUUCCUACAUAUGCAAACUUCAAAAAUUAAAACACUACACUCUCUAAAUUAGUGGUACUUUUUUAUAUUAUUGGGAACCCAACAUUUAUUAUUGUCACUAUUGCAUUAUACUACUACUAAGAAUGUUGGUUUUCUUGAAAAAAGGAGAAUUCUUUUAAGUUUUUUUUAGAGAGAGAAGUAAAAAAAAAAAAAGUAAUCAUCAAAGAUUUGCUUAUUUAUUGCAAAUUUGUACUUUGUCUUCACCAAACUUCUUGCUUUUGUUUUAAUGGAGAAGCUCCAAGGUCCCAUUAAUCCUUGUAUAAUUGCAGAAGAAUUUGAAGUGGGUUGGUUAGAAGAAUUUAUAAGUAACAAUGGUGGAAAUUUCAAAGUUGAAGAUCCAUAUUAUCAUAAUACUACUACUGAAGAUACAAGUUAUGGUGAUUUACAUUAUUCACUCCCAAGUUUAGAAGAUAAAAUGCCAUUUUUACAAAUGCUUCAAAGUGUUGAGCAACAACAACAACAACAUCAACAACAACAAUGUCAUCAGUUGAUGCAUUUAGAACCAAACUUUCAGUUUCUUUUAAAACUUCAACAUCAAAAACUUAACUUUUUUCCAAGCCCUGAAAUUGAAAGUUGUGUUACAACAACAACAACAACACAUAAUAAUAAUCAUAAUAUUGAUAGUAAUAAUCAUAACAAUGAUAUGAUUAUUAAGAAUAUUAUGGAUAAUUUACAGUGUCAUCAUCAAGGAGUGAAAUCUGAGGGUGAAAUUCAUCAACAACAGCAAAUAAUAAGUUCAUCAGGUGUUGUUGAAACACUGAAAUGUAAGAAUAGUAAUAGUAGUAGUAGAUCUAAGAAAUCAGCAACGUGUUGCUCAACUUCAACUGUUGUUGUUGGAUUGAAAGAGAAAAGAAAGAGAAAACGAACAACAAGACCAGCUAAAAAUAAAGAAGAAGUUGAAACACAAAGAAUGACUCACAUUGCUGUUGAACGUAAUCGUCGUCGUCAAAUGAAUGAACAUCUUAAUGCUCUUCGUUCUCUCAUGCCACCUUCCUAUGUUCAAAGGGGUGAUCAAGCAUCAAUAAUAGGAGGAGCAAUAGAUUUUGUGAAAGAAUUAGAGCAAAUGCUACAAUCACUACAAGCUCAAAAAAGAAUGAGGCAAUAUGAAGAAAACGGCGACGUUUCAAUAAGUUCUUCUUCAACUUCAUCCUCAUCAAAUUUGCAUUAUAACAACAUAUUCAUGGCAUCACCAUCAUCUUCAUUUCAUCAACUAAGGAAUCAAUUUCAUUCCCAUGAAGAAGGGAAUGGGAAUGGGAAUGGGAAUUCAAUAGAUGAGUGUAUGAUGAUGAGGAAAAGUAAUAAUAAUGAAGAAUAUAGUGCAGAAAAAAGGUCAGAUUUAGCUGAUAUUGAAGUUGUGGUAAUACAAAAUCAUGUCAACUUAAAAAUUCAAUGUCAAAGAAGAGCUGGUCAACUCCUUAAAGCAAUUGUUGCUUUUGAAGAACUUAGGCUCACUGUGUUACAUCUCAACAUCACUUCUUUGCAUGCCUUAGUCCACUACUCUUUUAAUCUUAAGAUAGAAGAUGAUUGUAGACUAGGAUCAGCAGAUGAAGUAGCAAGAGCAGUGCAUCAAAUAUUCAGCUUGAUCAACCUCAGCUAAUAAAUUAGGUCAAGGAAGUCAAUCUUUAGGUUUUUAGUGUGAUUUUUUUUGGGCACAUAGAUAAUUUAGAGAAAAAGAAGAAAAGGGAAAAGAGGAGUUGAAAAAAGAAUUUUAUUUCAUGAGUAUAUAAUACUCCUCAGAAAUUAAAUGGAGAAUGAAGAACAAUGGUGCACCCAUGUUGUUGUCCAUGUAUAGCUUCUAUCAAAAAAAAGUCUGCAGAAGAGCAUAGUGAAAGAAAGCAUAUGGUGUUUUCACUUGCUUUACUUAGGACAGUUCCCUUUUUUUUCCUUGUAAGUUCUUUUUUCUCAAAAAAAAAUGAUUUGGACUUUGGACCAUGAUCAUUCUAACUUAAAUAAAAUAAUAUUCUAGAA